GCUGCAACCUGGACGUAAGCUGCUCCAUCAUGAGGACCGAGGAUCCAGUCAUACUUUAACAAUGUCCGGUUUACGCAUUUAUACUCAAAACUAUCCAUAUCGUACUAUUGCAUUAGCCACAUCCGAAGACGUACUUAUCUUUCGCUAUAGCUCGGCAGGAGCGGAAGCCAACACUGCGUCUCAUCUUAAGACUACGCCGCGAUGCUUGGUUGAAUUUGCUCCAUUAUCGUCUGUGGACCUGAAAGGCUAUAGGGUCAUUGGUGAUGGAUAUGGGACCCUUGGGCUGGUUACACUAGACGAUGAGGUUUUUCUGUGCGUGGUCACUGGCUCCUCCAAGGCCGCAUCCAUCAGACCUGGAGAGACUGUCCUGAGAAUAAACAGUGUGGAUUUCUUCUGCCUAAAUCAUUCGAAAUACGAAGACAGACAUGAUUACGAAUCGGAGUCCUCCAUUGCCGGUCAGGACCUCGACCAUGACUUCAACUUUGAAAGCAAAGAGACGAAUCCAGACUUUCCUUUCCUAGCGCUAAAGAAGCUCUUAAGUGACGGUAGCUUCUACUACAGCUGUGAGUUCAAUCUUACUGAUCGAUUGCAGGACCGCUCAGACGAAACGGGAAUCUUCGACAUAGAGUCUCUCGAUCAAGACAUGCUGUGGAAUUCGUACAUGAUACACCCACUUCUUCUUUUCAGAAAUCAACUGUCUUCAGUUGAAAAGCAGCAUCUCGACUCUUCUCAGAUCCUGACGUGCGUCAUACGGGGAUUCUGUGGAACAUUAACUGUUCCUGCCUCUGCUCAACUUUUGCCUGGUGCCCGCAAAACUCACCUUCCGUCUUCACUAACAAUAAUAUCGCGCCAGUCGUCUCGGCGUGCUGGUACGAGAUUUAAUUCACGAGGAAUCGAUGACGAUGGUCACGUCGCCAAUUUCGUUGAAACAGAGACAAUACUCUGGAUUCCACCUGACAUUGUUUUUUCCUAUGUUCAGGUUCGUGGCUCAGUACCUAUAUUCUGGGAGCAGGCCUCGGGCUUUCUUCCAGGACAGCAAAAGAUUGAGAUAACCAGAUCUGUUGAGGCAACGAAGCAUGCCUUCGAUAAACAUUUUAGGUCCCUUGAACUGGAUUAUGGAGCAAUUCAUGUGGUUAACCUUCUCAGUGAAUUAAAGCCCGGAGAAAUUAGUCUCACAGCAAGGUUCCGGGACCACUUAAAGAAUAGCCCACUCAAUAAGCAUUCGUCGGAUCACACUCUGCUGCAGGUAACAGAGUUUGAUUUCCACGCGGAAGCGCGGGGGCCAUUGGGAUAUGGAGCUAGCGCUCAGAUAAGGCAGGAAAUCUUCCAUUCUCUACAAGGGUUUGCAUAUUUUCAGUCUGGCGAAACUGGACCGGUAGCUCUAUAUGACAAGCACCAUGCGUCAAGAAGUUCUCCUGUAAUCCUCCAACAAGAAGGGGUUUUCAGAACAAAUUGCCUGGAUUGCCUCGAUAGGACUAACCUAGUACAAACAAUCAUCAGUUCGAUGGCUCUUGAGAUCUUCUUCAGUCAACAAGGGGGAGGGAUAAGCCCCGAUUUACAACUGCGGCACUCGACUCUCUGGGCGGAUAAUGGAGAUGCGCUAUCAAAAAUGUAUGCCGGAACCGGUGCUCUGAAAAGCUCAUUCACAAGACACGGGAAAAUGUCCAUUGCUGGGGCACUCGCCGAUGCGCGCAAAACAGCUACCCGGAUAUAUGUCAAUAACUUCACCGACAAGGCCCGUCAAAACACAAUUGAUCUUCUAUUGGGACGGUUGACAGACCAAGUCCCAGUGCAUCUUCAUGACCCGGUCAAUGAUCUCGUGUUAGAGGAACUAAGUCAACGUUCUGAGGAAUUCUCUUAUUCUAGACCUGUCACAGUCUGGACGGGAACAUUUAAUGUCAAUGGGCGACAUGAGGGACCCGAUGGUGAUUUAAAGGCAUGGUUAUUCCCAGAGUGCGAUUCUCAGGCCGAGGAUCCACUGAUAUACGCCGUCGGCUUUCAAGAAAUCGUCACCUUAAGUCCACAGCAGAUAAUGUCAACGGACCCUACUACCCGCAAGGCGUGGGAGAUUGCGGUACACACCUGCCUUAACAAACGUGCAGAUUCCAAGGGAACUCCCAAGUAUGUCCUCUUGCGAAGUGGCCAACUUGUAGGCUCUGCUUUGAUGAUAUAUGCGAGAGAAGAUGCUUUAAGCGAUAUAAAAAAUGUCGAGGGAAACGUUAAAAAGACGGGCCUUUCGGGAAUGGCUGGUAAUAAAGGAGGCUGUGCCAUCCGCUUUGAAUAUUCUAACACUCGACUUUGCUUCGUUACCGCCCAUCUUGCGGCUGGGUUUGCGAACUACGACGAGAGGAAUAGAGAUUAUGAGACUAUUCUUCGCGGUCUGAGGUUUUUGAGGAACAGAUCAAUCGAGGACCAUGAUGCAGUCAUAUGGCUAGGGGACUUCAAUUAUCGCAUCGGUCUUAGUAAUCAGAAAGCGAGGGAACUUGUGCAGCAACAAGAUUUUCAGACGCUGUACGACAAUGAUCAGUUGAAUUUACAGAUGGUGGCGGGUAGGGCUUUCCAAUUCUACACGGAAGGGCCUAUUAGCUUCCCGCCGACUUACAAAUAUAAUAUCGGCAGCAAUGACUAUGAUACCUCGGAAAAGGCGCGUAUUCCCGCAUGGUGUGACCGGAUUCUCUGGCGAGGAACCAAUCUCCGACAGAUAAAUUAUGGCUCUGCGGAUCUCCGGAUUUCGGAUCACCGCCCAGUCUGGGCUAUGUUUACAUGCACAAUCAAUGUUGUCGAUGAGGCCCGAAAGAGCAGAAUCCAGCAAUCCCUAUACAAUGAACGACAAAACAAUCUCAGGCUCGGGGACAUGACGACUCAGGUACAAAAAGUGGGAGGUGAGUUGAUGGCAUUUGAGCGCAUUGCUUCGGAGCUUCCACCUGCUAGCUCUGAGCAAUAUAAAUGGUGGUUGAACAAUGGCAUCCCUGUGAAGUCACAGUUGGUCCCUCCGGCCAAGAAUUAUAUGCUAAAUGUCCAUCGCGACUCGAAUCCCUUCUCAUGCGACGGUCCUGCUAAUUGGAGUCCUACCCCUUCACUUGCCGAAAGCGACAGCAAAAUCAAUGCGGAAAAUCCUCCGUUGCCACCACGGGCCAUUUCCAAGAUGUCUUUCUUGGAGAACAGGAACUCUUCCAAGGCAAAAUGGCUCACAGAUGACCAAUACGUUUUCGAGCAAAGGCGAAGAGACCUGGAUUCUCCUAGUGUCAGCAUUGAACCCCCGAAAGAACCAAAUGCGAAUAUGCAAGACCUUCUUGGGGGGAACAUUAGUGAUAAUCUGAAUUGGAGGCCGCUUACACCCGAGUGACAUAUUUUAUGAAUUUCAUUUAUAGGGCUGUAUCUGGGAUUAUGUUUAGAUAUCGGAAUACCCGGCGCCCUUCACUGUUUUGGUCUGUAUUGCAUCUAGACACUCGUAAGAUGCAGUGGCUUGUGGGGAGAUUGGAAGGACUGGUAAAUAGAUAGACAU